AUGAAGCCACUGUCGGAUGUGAGCACUGUAGACUUUGUAGGGGAUAGUUCAUCCUGGCCGACAGAAAAAGUAAAUUACCCUGACCAGAUAUUCUUCAAUGCUGCCAGAAUAUUCCAACAUAUUCAUCGAGAGAAACCUCCUGAUAAAAUCCUGGUCAGCUAUGGCAGUGACUCUGGGAUGCCUUUGCCAGCCUUUAAAGAUGAACGAUUUCAACGCUGGUCCUAUGAGCUAGCUUUCAAUGCUCUGAAAUAUCAAGAUCUACUUGAGACUAUUUUGCUGGUCAGUGGUUUCUACCUCUCACAACCACUACCAGAUGAAAUGAUCAGUUUAGUAGUGGUGAUGUUGUAUGAUUUCCAAGACCGCAAGUUUCAGCCACGAUACAUAUCAAACAAUGAUGCGGUGGUAGAAGACGUACGGGAAGUAGAAACAUUUUUGAAUAGCUAUAAAACCAAACUGGCUGCUGCCCUUGCAAAAUGUCGAAUUAAGUAUGCAGCUCCAACCAUUGACUAUAUAUUGCCAGAGACCGUACGGAAACAGGAACAAAGAGCUUCAACAGUGCCCCUCUAUGCAUGGAUCAAUAAAACCAAAGUCAGCCUUACAGAGGUUUUAAACAUGAUGAAAAAAGAAGGAUUCACUCAGGUGGAAUCUCCUUCAGAGCUGGAUGGUUAUAAGUAUUGCCUGGAUGAGCAUUGCCAGGAUUUGCUUGUGUUUCCAACUCAUCUCAGAGAAGAACUGAGCAGCAUGGAAAUGUUCAUUGAUUAUAAAGUUGUAUUACAGGACAAGUCACACAGUGUUGCAGCGCAUUCUGUGAAAGCUUUGCACGACAUGGACAGUGAUAUCAUUGUGGUCAACUCUCAUUCAGGCUUUACCAUCGCCCAUCUCUCUGUGCUGACCAACCAGUCCAUGUGCAGUAUUUAUGUAUGUGGGGUUAAGUCUGAAUCAAGAGAUGAAGAACUGCAGGAGCUCUUCGUGAACAUGGAAUGUAAAAAUAUUAAGAUGCUUAAAGAGAGUUUCACUGACAUUGACCCUGGUGAUCCAAGAUUACAAAAGGCCAGGCUCAUUCUACUGCUUCCUCAGUGCUCUGGAUCAGGAGUCAGCAACCCCGUGGAGUUAAUUCUAAAUGAACAUGGAGACACCUCUCUGCUCCAGGAUCUCUCUCAAGGAGCUGUGUCAGCUGAGAGACUGAAUGAUCUGGCCAAACAGCAGCUGUCUGAGAUGAACCAUGCUAUGAAAUUCAAUAAAGUGGAUACUAUUGUAUACUGUACACGCUCAGUGUAUCAAGAGGAGAAUGAAAAUGUCAUCAACCAGGCCCUUCAAUUGAAGAUGGAAGGAACCAAAGGACAACCAUACAGGCUGAGCCCUCCUGUUAUUCCUCUUUGCCCUUCAGCAGAAAUGGAAUCCACUUGUGAUAAAUUCUUCAAAAUGGAACUUUCGGAUAAUUGCAAUGGCUGUUUUGUUGCUGUCAUGACGAGAGAGACAGCUCCUUCUCAGUCUGUCUCCCCUCAAGAUGUUUUGGCUCGCGCUGCUUCUAAGGGACUGCUCAAUGGCAUUCGGGUGGCAAAGUCUCCAAGAAAGGACGACAAAAAGAAAUCAAAAUCACAAAAUCAUAAGACCACCCCAGUCACUUCAAACGCUCUAGCAAAGAUCAAUGAGUUCAUAAACCAUGAAAAUAACUUGAUGACCCCAAGAACACCAAAAGUCCAACAUGACCAAAGUGCUACCCACAAAAUCACCAACACUUUGCAGUUUACGAAGGCACCAAAGAAAAGCGGCAUUCCUACUGUGUCCCUAACAAUGAAACAUACAAAUAACUUUUCUGUGUUCUCCAAAGAUCGACAGACAAGUGCCAUCAGACCAAAGCCAGAAGAGAAGAUGAUCCCAUUGAAACCAGUUCCGAUUAUGCUGCCACCAUUAAACGCUCCAUUCCAAUAUAGUUAUCCACCUGGUGUCAAUAUCCGCAAUCCAGUCCGUUAUAUUCACCAGCGCUGGCACUCAGGAAUCAGGAGCAGUUCCCAAACUCCCUUUAUUCCAACCCUAUCUUUCAACGGCAAGACUAAGGAAAGUACAUUACUCACCACAGUCUGGCAUCCCAAGCCCUGGCACUGA